CCUCAUCCUCCCCCGCGCCGCGCCGCGGGUGUGCGCGCGGAGCCGUGUCCGUGCCCCCGCUGCCGCCGCCGCCGCCGCUGCCUGCAAUGGCGUUGAGGCGACGCGGUGGCUGCUGCCUCCUGUCAGGCGGGCGGCGGCAGCGGCCGCUCUGCGCAGAGGAGGCGCGGGGGCAGCGCUGAGCCGGGCGGCCGGGGGAGUCCGUCGCGGCUGUCGGCUGGGUUAAAUCAGCCCUUGUUCUUGAGAGUCCUCAGUCGUGCUGCUUUGUCAAAAUUGACUGUGUGCAUUAAGACAUUUGCCUCCAGAUCUGUCAAGUAUGGUCCUGCUGAAGGGCAGUGGCCUCUGAGGAAAAGCACUCCUCAAGCAGAAUCUGCUGUGGCAAACUACUAAGAGCGGUACUGCAGAAACUAUGCAGGCAGGUUUCACACUCCUGAAGUAAACAUGAUGAAAACAGAGUCUUCAGGAGAAAGAUCCACCCUCCGAAGUGCCUCUCCUCACAGAAAUGCUUAUAGGACUGAGUUCCAGGCGCUGAAAAGCACCUUUGACAAACCGAAAUCCGAUGGAGACCAAAAAACGAAAGAGGAAGGAGAGGCCUCACAGAGCAGGGGAAGGAAAUAUGGCUCAAAUGUCAAUAGGAUCAAGAACUUAUUUAUGCAGAUGGGCAUGGAGCCCACUGAAAGUGCUGGAGUUGCCCCUAAAACCAGGGGAAAGGGUGGCCCUCCAUCACCUCAAAGACGAAUUAGGCCCAAAGAAUUUGUAGAAAAAGCAGAUGGUUCAAUCGUAAAGUUGGAAUCGUCCGUGUCCGAAAGGAUAAGUAGAUUUGACACUAUCCAUGAUGGUCCUUCCUAUUCCAAGUUUACUGAAACUCGGAAGAUGUUUGAGCGAAAUGCUCAUGAAACAGGACAUUCAAAUCGCUAUUCCCCAAAGAAAGAGAAAAUCAUUUCUAAUGAACUUCCAGAUGAGUGGUGCAGCUCUAAGUCUAACAGAGGCAGCAUGGAUUCACUGGACAGUCUUAGCCCAAGGACAGAGACUGUCUCUCCAACUGUGAGUCAGCUCAGUGCAGUUUUUGAAAACACUGACUCACACAGCAUAAACGCAGAAAAGUCAGAAAACAACGAAGAGUACUCUGUAACUGGUCACUAUCCACUAAACCUCUCAUCUACUGUCACAAAUAUCUCCUCGCCCGUUGCAAACCUUGAGGGUUUCAGUCCUUUGAAAGAGGCCAGCACGUGGUCUCCCCCAGCCAAACAGAGUACAGGCGUGGUGUCUGUUGAGAACUCUCAGCAGACUAACACUUCUUCCACACCGAGACAGAAAGUGUCCACAGGCACUUCGGUGGGUUCAAAAACAACUGAAGAAAUAAAAAAGAGCACAGAGGCAAGUGCUGAUUCUGUUGAGAGUUCUGCAACAGGUCAACAGGAUUUGGUUGGUGUGCUUGACAGUGAAAGAUCUGUGGACAGCUGUGCUAGGAGUAAGUCAAAAACAGAGACAGGAGUUUUGGUGCAACAGAAGGAACAGUCAGAACACACAGAAGAUAUCUUUGAUAGGCCUGAAGCUGCAGAGUUAACAAGAAAUGUAGCUGCAGGUGGUGAUUUUGCCACAGAUGCUACUGAGUCCCAUUAUGAUGAGGAAAGUGAAAAAGAUGGGCAUGAAGAUGUGAAUAAUUUUCAGAGUUCCCACGUGUACAUGCAUUCUGACUACAGUGUGUAUCGGGUACGAUCCAGGUAUAAUUCUGACUGGGGAGAGACAGGUACAGAACAGGAUGAUCUGGAUGACAGUGAUGAAAAUAACUGUUAUGAACCUGAUAUGGAAUAUUCUGAAAUUAAUGGAUUGCCAGAUGAAGAUGAAAUCCCAGCCAACAGAAAAAUACAGUUUAGCCGGGCUCCAAUUAAGGUUUUCAAUACAUACUCUAAUGAAGACUAUGACAGGAGAAAUGAUGAAGUUGAUCCAGUGGCUGCAUCAGCUGAAUAUGAACUUGAGAAGCGUGUGGAAAAGUUGGAGCUCUUCCCAGUCGAGCUAGAAAAAGACGAAGAUGGACUUGGCAUAAGCAUUAUUGGAAUGGGAGUUGGAGCUGAUGCAGGCCUUGAAAAACUGGGAAUAUUUGUCAAAACAGUAACAGAGGGUGGGACAGCAGAAAGAGAUGGCAGGAUCCAAGUGAAUGACCAAAUUGUGGAAGUUGAUGGCAUCAGUCUGGUUGGUGUUACACAAAAUUUUGCUGCAACUGUUCUUAGAAACACCAAAGAGAAAGUCAGGUUUGUAAUUGGACGAGAAAAGCCAGGACAAGUGAGUGAGGUUGCGCAGCUGAUCAGCCAAACUCUCGAGCAAGAACGCCGCCAGAGAGAGCUGCUGGAGCAGCAUUAUGCACAGUAUGAUGCAGAUGAUGAUGAGACAGGGGAAUAUGCCACAGAUGAAGAAGAUGAAGACAUGGGACCUGUCCUUCCAGGAGGUGACAUGGCCAUUGAAGUGUUCGACCUCCCUGAAAAUGAUGACAUGUUCUCCCCCAGUGAUGUGGACACCAGCAAACUUGCUCACAAAUUCAAAGAAUUGCAAAUCAAACAUGCAGUUACAGAAGCUGAAAUUCAGAAGCUGAAGACAAAGCUGCAGGCUGCUGAGAAUGAGAAGGUGAGGUGGGAAUUGGAGAAGACCCAGCUCCAGCAGAACAUUGAGGAGAAUAAGGAAAGGAUGAUGAAAUUAGAGAGUUAUUGGAUUGAGGCACAGACCCUGUGUCACACAGUGAAUGAGCACCUCAAGGAGACGCAAAGCCAGUAUCAGGCUCUGGAGAAGAAAUAUAACAAGGCAAAGAAAUUAAUCAAGGAUUUUCAGCAAAAAGAACUUGACUUCAUCAAACGCCAAGAAGCUGAACGCAAGAAAAUAGAAGAUUUGGAGAAAGCACACCUUGUAGAGGUUCAAGGCUUACAAGCUCGUAUACAAGACUUGGAAGCAGAAGUUUUCAGGCUAAUGAAGCAAAAUGGAAGCCAGGUUAACAAUAACAACAACAUUUUUGAAAGGCAGACGUCUUUUGGAGAAGUUUCUAGAGGCGAUCCAGUGGAAAAUCUAGAUACUAAACAAGUGACCUGCCUGGAUGGCUUAAGUCAAGAUUUCAAUGAAGCAGUUCCAGAAACAGAGAGGCUGGACUCCAAGGCACUGAAGACUCGGGCUCAGCUCUCGGUGAAGAACAAGCGGCAGAGGCCAUCCAGAACGCGGCUGUACGACAGCAUCAGUUCCACUGAUGGCGAGGACAGCCUGGAGCGAAAGCCAUCACACAGUUACAGUAGUCCCAUGCACAUUUCAAAAUCACCACUGCCCUUAUGCAUGAGAGCAUCCUCACCAGCAUCAGAUUCUGGUGCUUCCUCCCUCUCCCCCGUGGCUAGCAGUGCAGCAAUCUCACUUGACAACCUAACUGAAAACCAAGAAGAAGAACAGCACCACAAAGGAGGUGUCCUUCCCCCAUAUGCUCGGGGAGACACUCCACUUUCCUCUCCUUCAAAAUCUGGGCACAGCUCUGAAGCAUCUCCUUUGCAUCACCCAGCUGGCAGGAAUAUUUUACAAGAUAAAGAUGGUGCCACAAGUGCUCAGGCAGCAAGAACAACUGGCCCUACUAUAGGGCAUACAGAAAAACUAAAGAGAAAACUUGCAGAUCUUGGGGCUCCCUUGAGGAGGAGUUCAAGCAAGGGCAAGAAGCGGAAGGAGAAGGAAGCGAUGAGGGUGGCCUGUGGCACUAGGACUGUCAGAGAGAUGCUGCAGAAACCAGCAAACACUAAAUCUUUAGCAGAGCGAUCUUCCUCUCUCCCACACUGUGUACCAUUCACAUGGUAUGGAGAGAGCGGCAAGGGAUCCAACUCUUCCAGCAACCUGCCGUCGCCUACCAGCUCAACUGAACCUUCCUCUGAAAAUUUAAGCCCAGCUAAAAAAGGGUCGAAGAAUUUCACAUUCAAUGAUGAUUUCAGUCCCAGCAGCACAAGUUCAGCUGAUUUGAGUGGUUUAGGAGCAGAACCUAAAACACCAGGCUUCUCGCACUCCUUAGCACUGUCGUCAGAUGAGAGCCUGGAUAUGAUUGAUGAUGAGAUCCUUGACGAUGGACAGUCCCCGAAGCACAGUCUGUGUCAGAGUCGCGCUGUUCACGAGUGGAGUGUGCAGCAGGUGUCCCACUGGUUGAUGAGCCUGAACCUUGAACAGUAUGUUUCUGAAUUCAGUGCCCAGAACAUUAAUGGGGAGCAUCUCCUUCAGCUGGAUGGCAGUAAGCUCAAGGCUCUUGGUAUGACAUCUUCCCAGGACAGAGCAAUCAUUAAAAGAAAGCUAAAGGAAAUGAAAGCAUCCUUGGAGAAGGCUCGCAAAGCUCAAGAGAAAAUGGAAAAGCAAAGGGAAAAGCUUCGAAGGAAGGAACAAGAGCAGCUGCAGAGGAGAUCAAAGAAAACAGAUAAGUGUUCAUCAGAUGCAACAGAGGGCACUAAUGAGCAGUGAUGAGCAGAAGUGCUGCUGUGUUUGGCAAGUGGAGGCAUGUCAAGGAAAGAGAAACUUAUCCACUCUGACGCCCCUUCAGCUUUCUUGUGUUCAUCACCCAGGAUUGUGUACAGAGAGACGGGGCUGUACAUAGAAUGACUAGGGAAAUUUAUAUUGUGUCGUUUCCUUUCCUGCAUAUCCAGUUCACGCUCGUUGCUGUUGCCAUGUGAAACAAUCCCAGCCUCUCGGUUUGUUCUGUUCUUGUUGACAGCUAACAGAUUUCAUUUUUGUGUGGUGGUGUUUCCUUCCAAACUACUCUUCUCUGUUGAGCUCUGUGUGUUUGGUCACUUCAGUAACCAGCAUGAUGCCGAGGAGCAUGUCCACUGCUUCACCUCUUCUGAAUAGGAAGGCCAGUCAGUGUGGUUGGGGAACAUUUCUUCAGCUGGAUCAAAGGAGUUGUGCUCUGUCUGAUAAGAUUUGACUUGACUUUCUGACUGGAAGUUCAUCUUCUUUACGGUGUUUGGAUACUCAGUUCAGUCUGCUGGAGUUGAGUUUCAUCUCGUGUCAGUACCUUUAAGCUGCACUGCUCUGAAAACUGUUCAGCGACUUCUCAUACACUGGAGAUAUUGACAGGAGAGUCAAUAUUCCCCCUGGAUAAAGGACAGGAGGUGAAACUCUUUCUGUUAACUGUACAAUUGUUAAUCCAGGAAGGAGGCAAAGCCUUAAAUGGUUAUGUGGGUUUACAUAGAAAUCUGAGGAUAACAUUUAUCCUUUAGAUAUCUGAGCAAGGAUAAAUUUCUAACUAGAGCACAGCAUAUAAAUCUGUAUAAAUUUUAUUGUGCUCCCAGUGUGUAGGCAACUUUCUUAUAGCACACUCCAUUUUUUUUUCAUGUGUUUCAUACAGGAAACUGGGUUUAUUUUGUUUCAAGUUAGUUUUUCCCCAGGAAAAACCCCACAUCUUCAAAUUUGUUCUCCAGUCAGUAAGCACUGGGAGAAUAAACGUUGUGCUGUGCUAUUAUGAAGCUGGUAUUGGAAACAAUUACCAAACUUGAGUCUGAUGUAGAUUUUCAGUUUUUACAGAAGUGCACUUUAAGAAGAGGAAGAUGAGUGAUCCUGGUUAAAAUUAAAUUCAGUACAUUGCUGUUAAGGUCAAUGCUGCCAUGGAGGUGAUGAUUACUUAAUCCAAGGCUCCCACAUUUUAACUGUUUUGAUUGAUAUAUUUAAAGACUAUCCAACCAAAACCUGAAUUUUUGGGCUUUGGCUGUAGAAUGUUUCGAUGGCUUAGCAGUGGUCAUACUUGAGGGAUUUCUGGGGUGUGUGAGGCCAUGGAUGAAGGCUGCUGUGUAGUUUGGAGUGUGACAGGAGCAGUGUGUGGUGCCACUGCCUGAGCAGCAGUACUGAACUAUACAAUAUUGCCUCCAAAGAAGGGACAGACAACGGGCAGGUCUCCCCAGCGAGGAGCUGCAGGCAGAGCUGGCUGCUCUACAGCCACAGCUCACUGUGUGCCCUUGAGAAACAUCACUGCCCACUCGUGCAGCCUGCAAAUGGCAGUCUUCAUCUGGCUGUGCAAACCCAGAACUUGUUUAACAUGGUGAUGCAGAGUUAGAAUCUGGGACCUAAAAAUGCGCCGGCCUAGAACUGAAAAUUCCUCUGAAGAAAAUGUGUGUUUUAGUUUGGCUUGGCUUCUCUUCUGCUCUGUACUUCAUGGCAUUCAGAUUUGUGUCUGCAAAGUUCUCUGAAGCUCAGAUUUGGAACACUUAGGGUGCACUGUUAAUAGUUACUUUUCUCUUGAUCCUAAUAAUUUCUUUGACAUAUAAAAUGGUUUGUAAACUGAGAGAGCCUAGUUCAUUCAAAAUUAAUACACAACAGAUCUACUUAGCAUUAGCUUUAUUUUUCCUUCCAAAUCAAAUUUCUACAAGUUUUUGAUGUAUAUUUUAUUCAGAUCUAAAAUUGAAAUUGCCAUAAAAGAUUCUUGCUGAUAUUUCUAAAGGCUUGUUCUACUUUUCUUGAGAUAAACCACCAGCAGCAAAAUACACCUGCUAACAAAAAAUUACACAUUGCAGUAGAUCCUUCUGUGUUCAUUCAUAGGAGAAAAACUAUACAAAUGUUUAACAGCCUCAUAAAAUUAGCAUUCUCAUCAUAAAAGAAGUUACCUGGAAGAAACUGGAAGUUUAAUAUUUUAAAUACAAUGUUGAUAAAUGCAUUAGAUGAUGAUUUUCUUUUUAAAUUAUGUUUACAUUGUAGUAAUGUUUAAGUGGUUGUAUAUAAUAAUCUAAGGUGGUGUCUCUGUUUCAUGUUCUUUUUUUAUGUAGAAACCAGAGCAGAUUGCUUGGCAUUAUAUAUUGAGUUUUCAUUCUUGCUCCUUAGAAUGAUGCCUAGUUAAUCUCUGUAAAUCAUGUUCUUACUCUGCAGAAUAACUAAUUCAACUUAAGUCUUUUAAGUAUUCAGGGGAUUUUUACUGCUUUGUGAUAAUGUUAUUUUGUUAUUCUCAGACUAAAAACAUCACAAAAAUCUGACUUAAAAAAAACCUAGUGGGCUACAUUUAAAGUAAAACCAUUAAAAUGCAUUUUGAUCAACAUGUGAAAACUAAGGAAAUGGAACAAUGACAAGAGUUUUUGCUGUUCUUUCUGUGAUAAAAGAUUUAUGUGGUUCCUUUUAUGAAAUACAGUGACUGAGUCUUGGGAAGUGCAGAAAUGUCACCUGAUAACAGACAUGAAGCACAUUUUGAAACUUUUCUUGCUAUUCUAUAGGAUCUUUAAAGUUGUGUUGCAAUUUUUUUCCCCUUGUACUGUAUUAUGACUUAUAAGAAAAAAAAGGAUGGAUGUCUCAUCAUUCCUAACUUAAACUUCCUGUAAACCAAUGCUAAGUCAGACUAAUGUGAGGCUUCAUGGAACAAGAAGAAACAAAUUUUCUGUGCUGAAUGGCUGGACAGCCUUUUUCACAGUUUGGCUCACCUGCAGGCAUAAUGUUGCCUACAUUGUGUGUUUAUUUGUGGAGCUAAUAAUGUUUUUUCUUAGGCUGACUUGCCUGGCCAUCACUGAACUGCUGUGCAGGCAGUGUGGUGCUUCCAUACCUCAAGACAUGGGCUUGUGUCAUCAUUACACCUGGGUGACUGCAGCAGGCUGGCCCAAGUUACAUUCUCCCUGGUUAGGGUGGGAGGCCAGUUCUGUAAAUUCUAGUUCUGCUCAUUGCUGCAGUAUUGCAAGUUGUGAAUAUAUAGAGCCUCUAAAAAGGUGAAGAGCAGAGAGUUAGGAAAAAGUGGAAGUCUCAAAAAUAGAAAAUGAAAUGUAAAACACUGCAGGUUACUUUAGUCCUAAAACCCCUAGUGCUUAUUCUGAGAUUGUGAGGAGAGCAGUGGCUCCUUGUUCUGUUCAAAUCACCAAACAUGCUGACAUGAAUUGCUCCCAGCUUGUGUAUUCCCAUUUCUUCACGGGUGGGUUGCUGCACCUGUGCAGUGUCCUGUUAAAGCUCCCUGUUGGGUUUCAGUGUGCCCAAGAGACAGGGCCAGGGGCUGAGGAAGGAGCUGCACCCUUCACUGCCCCUGUCUGCAUUUCACCUGCUGCCCUGAGCAGGUCCUGGUGGGGUUUCUGGGAGCGGAGCCUACUGAAGAUCAUGGCUUAGAAUUACACAGUGGAACAGAAGCCACUAAUAAAAAGAUGAAUGGCAUUAGAUGUUUGUAUUUCAGUGUAUACAAAUACUUUUGUAUUUUUCCAACUUCUCAAAAAUUUUUUGCAAUGGCAUCUCUUUUGCUAUGACUGUAGUCUGCUGCAGGGAUACCACAAGAACUGAGCUUUUACUAGAAUUACUGAGAAGCUUUCCUUUAAUAUUUGCCAGCUCUUAGUUUUUAUUGACAUUCAGAGGUGCUUGGCACCUGAGAUCAGGGUUCCUCAUACUGUGUUGCUUCCAUCAAAGCCUCCUGUCCUCCUGAGCUGCUACACCUUCACCUCCUGGCUCAUGGACUGGUAAGAGGUGGGCAGUGUCAUUUUUGGGAAUGAAUUGUGUUCCACUUCCAAGAGAAAGAGGAGAAAGAAAUGCCACCCUUGCACAUAGUGCAGAAUACUGUUCUACAGUAGUAUGGAAGAGGAUCAUCAUGUAGUUUGGUAUCUAGUGUUCUAGCAAGGAAACACAGGGGGUUUUUUUGUGUUUUUAACCCCAACCUUCAUUUUUAUUGGAGCACUUUCAGCAGUUCAUUUCUGAGCAGGAUGACAGUGAAAUCCAAGGAGACUUGCCCACUCACUAGAGUGGAGCGUGGGUCAUCUGCAGAUGGCACAGUCCCUUUUGUCCACCUCCCUGUGGAUUUUACUGGACUUUUUUCUGUACCUGUGGAACUGCUUUUUCAAAGCUAUAAUACCUUAGUCAUGACAUUGAGCCCUCCAAACCCUCUAUAUAAAAUGAGCUUUUUGUUGCUAACCAGCUGUACCAACUGGUACUUUCACUUUUGGCAUUAAGUAAUGAUUUCAAAAAUGCACAUUUUACAGGAAGGUUUGGUGGCAGUGCCUUGGGCUGCCUGUUUCUUUGGGAAGUGUGGAUGGUGUUAAGAACAAGCUGUUGGUGAAGCCUGCUUCUUCCAGAGAGGUGAGGAGGGCUCACAGCUCACGGGGUCAGAUCCAGCCUGCGUAACCCCGGAGCUCCUGCUGGGUUUCCAAUGGGAGCUUUGCCACUGCCACCACUGGAAGUGAGUCUGGGACCUGUGCAGAAGAGUCUGAAGGAAAGAGGGAUCUCAGGGCACCAGACAUAGGAGUAACCAGCCCAUUUGGAAGUGAAGAGUGCACAGUGAACAUCUCUGACUCUAUGCUUUCCCAUACACAUUCACUCAGCAACUGCUUUCACAUUUCCCAGUCACGUUGCAAUGGUAUCUCACUGGUCACUGACAAGUGUUACACAUAUUGCUAGAAGACCAGGCAGCUAAAAGACUAAAAUGCACUGUGCUUACUGUAAAAAUUGGCUUCUUACAUUGCUUCUUUUUAUAUGGUUAAAGAGAUAGUUGUGCUUCAGAUUUUUUCCUUUUUCUGUUCUUUUUUUAAAGAGGUCAAAUGUAUAUGAAAUGCAUGUUAUCUUGAACUUUUUGUUUGUACAUCUUGGUGUCUGAUCACCUGCAUGAAGGACACAGUAGUGCCAUGUCUGAGCUUGUUCUCUUGUGCUUGGUUGAUAUGAACUUCUCUAGAUUGUUGAGUUUUCCCCAGGAUAACUUUGUUUAAUAUUUACUUAUUGGGAGACAUCAAAAGAAAGCAUCAUGGUGGCCCUUUGUUUUCUUACAGUUGAAAUACAAACAACAAAGCCUUGUGGUUUAAAGUUAAUUUGUUAGUGUAAAUAAAUUUCUUGCCAAUGAGUAUUGUUGUUGUUAGACAACGAAUGCAAUAAAAAGAGAAAUCCUGAAUCUUUA